GACUAGUAUGUUAGAGGAGUUGUAGGGGUGUGAUGCCACAACCUGCUUAUAAAGGGGCGCACACAUUGACGCUCUAAAGCAGUGCAUAACGACUAAUUUUGCGGGUCAUUCACCACGCACAGCCAGCCGUAGACAUGGAGUCGUUUAACGUGGUGGAGACGCUACAGCCUGCCGAGAGAGCGCUCUUCUGGGUCGGUGCACUUACCACGGCCUCGCUGGCGCUGUGGCUGUUGUACAAGAUCAUCACUGGCUUUAGGAUAUGGGUGCUGGGAAACGGGGAUUUACUCUCUCCCAAAUUGGGAAAAUGGGCAGUUGUGACGGGAGCCACAGAUGGAAUUGGGAAAUCCUAUGCGGAGGAGCUUGCUCGACGAGGAUUCUCCAUGAUGCUCAUCAGCCGUUCCCAGGAGAAGCUUGACGACGUGGCAAAGUCUCUCGAAUGCGCAUAUAAUGUGGAAACAAAAACCAUCGCGGUGGACUACGGUCAGAUUGAUAUCUAUCCUAAAAUCGAAAAGGGUCUUGCUGGACUGGAGAUUGGAGUCCUUGUGAACAAUGUGGGAAUCUCAUAUCCAUACCCUGAAUUCUUCCUCCACAUCCCUGAUUUGGAAAACUUCAUCACCAACAUGAUCAAUGUCAACAUCACCUCAGUGUGCCAAAUGACUCGUCUGGUGCUGCCCAGAAUGGAGGCAAGAGCUAAGGGUGUCAUCCUCAAUAUCUCCUCUGCCAGUGGCAUGUUCCCCGUCCCACUCUUGACCAUCUACUCCUCCACCAAGGCUUUUGUGGACUUCUUCUCACUUGGACUUCAAGCAGAGUACAAGUGCAAAGGGAUCAUCAUCCAGAGUGUGCUGCCUUUCUUUGUAGCUACCAAGAUGACGAGGAUCAGGAAGCCUACCCUGGACAAGCCCACCCCUGAACGCUACGUAGCUGCUGAACUGACUACUGUGGGACUGCAAGACCAGACCAACGGCUAUUUCCCUCACGCCGUCAUGGGCUGGGUGACCACCGUUCUGGCCCCCAUCAAGCUGGUCCUCUACCUGGGCCUGCGCAUGAACAAGGCCCAGCGCGGCGGAUACCUCAGGAGGAGAAAGCUGCGAUAGGUUGAGGACAUUGUGUGAUGGAAACCAAACUGGAUGAGAUGUUUUACAAAACACAUGUACUGAGAUUUGAGAUUCACUUGGAGUCGUUUUGAAUCUCACAUCUUUGAAGUGCUUCCUCUUACGUAAUGUAUUUUUUUGUGUGUUAAAUGUUGUGUGUUUUUGUUCUCUUUGGAUAAAUAUCUGGACAUGCUCACGUUCCACAAUGACUCAUUAUUAUUGACUUGUUGCUGGUUGCCAGAAAUGGAGACCAAUCUUCUUUAUAGGGUGAGAGAAGUGUGUCGGGAGGGUUUUGUGUCCACUGCUGUUGUAAGCAGAGGGUUAUUUAUAUGGUGAUGGUGUUUUAUAUUUAUUUAAUUACUAAUUAUGCAUUUUCUUUUUAUCUGGGACUAUCUGUUUGCACUCUUGUUAACUGCCAAUAACUAGUUUGCAUUCAUGCCUUAGACCUUCUAAUGAGUGAUAAAUGGGUGCUGGCCUUUCUUAUCAUUAAUUUAACACAUUAAGCAAAUCUAUAGUGGCUAUUUUGGGAUCUUGUACUGUAUCAAUAUAAAACCAAAGGUCUGAUUUAAGUGUAUUUUUGUACAUUGGCCUUUUUCAGGCUUUUCAGAGUUUACCUGUCAGAUUUGGUUUAUUUAAAACCUGUGCCUUUUUAUAGAAUAUAAAACUUGGUCACGUUUAUUGAAAGGAGAUCUAAUACAUGUUUACAUGAUGUUCUCCAUGCACUGAAGACUUAAAGGUGUGGUGGAAUGUCACCCGAGUGUCUUGGGUUUCAUCCAAAGCUGGAUUUGAGGAAUACCUCCAUAGCUUAGAUCUCUGUAUGAUUAUUUACGGACCAGUGCAAAGUCCAGGUGGUUAAACCUCAUUAGUCGUCCCCUGGUUUAAAACUUGAAUGUUCUUAUUCCAGACAUGUUGAAGAGUGGAACACCAUGUGCUGCUUUACUGAUGCAUGACAAUCUGAAAUCUUGUUUGUUAAUAAAAGUGAUUUCUGUAUUGAUUUUGUAUUUGUCUUUUUUAAUAAAUUUUAUGAUGCUGCA